ACAGGGAGAAGUGUGCGGGGUGAGGGUGGGGGCUUCUCUCUCUCCCCCCACAGAGCGCAGCAUGAGCGCUCCGCAGCAAAAGGAUGUGUGAGCAGGCGGCGCGCUACUGUCGGGACGGAGUCCACAAACUGCUCAACAAAGAACAAGCCAAACUCCGAGCCCAGGAGAGCCGCGAGCAGCCCAAGCCCGUAGCCGGUCAGGACAGCGAGUCCGCGACGGCAGCGCAGUCCGGAAACAGCGGCGCCCAGCCCGGUGGAAUCGACGGGCUCGUCCGCUGGAUCGUCACCAAAAUGAGCGACAACAAGAACGUCUCCAGCCGGGAGUACGCCUCCAGCAAGGAGGAGGUGGCCGUGGCCCAGGAGCAGUUCUUCGCCCCGGAACCUCGGAGAGGCAUCUCGGUCAUCUUGGAUAUAUUCAGAAGAGCCGACAAAGAUGAUGAUGGGAAGCUGUCUCUGGAUGAGUUCCAGGCGUUCUUCUCUGACGGCACGCUGAACGAGGAGGAGCUGGAGAAGCUGUUUCACACCAUCGACUCCGAUAACACCAGUAAUGUAGACACCAAGGAACUCUGUGACUACUUUGCCAAACACAUGGGAGAAUACGAGGGAGUUCUGGCCUCGCUGGAAACACUCAACCUUUCCAUCCUUAAAGCCAUGGAUUUCACCAAAAAGGUGUAUGAGAGGGGAACCAACGUGGAGCAGUUUGUGACCCGUUUCCUCCUGAAGGAAUCAGCCAAUCAGAUCCAAUCUCUGCUGAGCUCCGUGGAAAGUGCUGUGGACGCGAUUGACGAGCAACACGGCCAGUCAGGUCAUCAACCUGCCAAAGUCAGUCCACGGGUGUCAGAGAAGUGCAACCAAAACGCCGUUCCUGAUUACCCCCCCAACAACAGAGUGAGCGCCAGGGAGGCGGUCAGGACCAUCAACACGGCUUCAGGUGCAGUGGAGGUGAGGAAAGAAGGUCUGGAGGCUCAGAUCAACCGCCUGGCUGAACUGAUCGGACGUCUCGAGAACAAGACGGUCUGGUUUGAUCUGCACCAGAGACUAACAGAUACAGACGGCACACCGAGCGCAUCCUUACUGCUGAUUCGCCAGGAGAUGGUGGUGUCCCAGAAGAAGCUGGGCGAGUUCUGUGAGGCCCUGAAGCAGUACCUGAAGAACGUCUCUGCUCAGAGGGACUGCUUUCACGUAACCGCGGUGCGUCUGCCGGACGGUUUGUCCUUUGUCGUCUACGAGUUCUGGGAUGGAGAGGAGGAGUGGAAGAGGCACCUUCAGUCAGCUCCCAACAAAACCUUUCAGCAUGUGAAGGUGGACACGCUGUGCCAGGCGGAGAACGUGUCUUCUGUAGCUGUGCCAGCCGCCUGGUGCAGCGUAAACCGAGACUGAGCAUGAAGACUGUCAACUACACGCCAAGACUCCUGGACACUUUCCACUUCUUUAAUCCCCCGUCUCCAAUCAGUUUACUGCCCCCUUCCCUUUAAC